AUGCUUCUUCAUCGUAGCUCCCAAACAUUCACGGGUGCUGACAUUGCAGAACUCUGCACGGAGGCGGUCUUUCGCGCCCUCCGCGAAAGUGUCGAGGCAAAGACAGUGUGUGUACAAGUUUUCGAGGCCGCAUGGUAUAAGCGCGCUCGAGGAGCCCCAGCCACCGCAGACUCGGACUCCUGGACUAUGAAGCCGUGA